AUGGCCAAUCACAAUGCCAGUGCUAUUUAUGCAACAGAAAAUCCAAAUGCCUUGAGUUGUUUCCCUUCCUCAUUUUCCUCUUCUUCUUCACCACCUGGUUUUUCAAUGGAGUUGGUUUAUGCAGAUAUGGGCUCCCUCUCCCUCAGUGCCUCCAACUAUGGCCUAGUUCCUUCUCAUCAGGAGAGUAGUUAUUACAAUAUCUCAAGCUCAAACCUUUCUCUGAAUCAUGAACUAGAAAAUUGUAAUACCCCUGCUUAUUUCUGGGGCUUUGCACCGUCUUUGGGGACCAGAAGCGCCGAGGAACAGCUUGGUCAGCACAAUAACGGCGGUGACUUCCGCAGUGGCGGUAAGUCUUGUUCCGACAGCAUGAGUGAUGAUGUGAAUGAGGAACAUAAUGAAUCUAUGAAUCACAAAAAUGGGCCGUCAAAACUGUGUGCCAGAGGGCACUGGAGGCCUGCAGAGGAUUCCAAGCUCAAGGAACUUGUUGCUCUUUAUGGACCUCAGAACUGGAACCUCAUAGCUGAAAAGCUGGAAGGAAGAUCAGGGAAGAGCUGCAGGCUGAGAUGGUUUAACCAGCUGGACCCAAGGAUCAACAGAAGAGCUUUCAGUGAAGAAGAGGAAGAGAGACUAAUGCAAGCUCAUAGAGUAUACGGCAACAAAUGGGCCAUGAUAGCUAGACUCUUCCCUGGAAGAACCGACAAUGCUGUGAAGAAUCAUUGGCAUGUUAUAAUGGCAAGGAAGUACAGAGAACAGUCCAGUGCUUAUAAGAGAAGGAAGCUAAGUCAAUCUGUAUUUAGAACCUCAUCAAUGGAGGAAAACAUGAAUCCAAUUCCUCCAGCAGGACCAUACUCAUAUCUCAAUAAUUUUGGGUCAAGUGGUUAUAUAAACAACAUGGCUAGUUGGGAAGAAGCAGCAAUAAUCACAAGCAAAAAGGUCCCUCCUUUUCAAUUCCUUCCUGGUACAAAUGAUGAAGCAGCUCAAGUAUCAUCUGGUGAUUUCUAUGAUCAUCCACCCUACAUGAUGAACGUGAUGGCAAUGCGACAGUCAAAUUACUACCAUACCCUUCAGAGCUACUCAGAUUCAACACCAUCAUCCACAAGUCUAGUUUCAGCUGGCGGCAAACUCCCUUCAUCAUCAUCAUCAUCAGCUGCAGAUCAUGAAAGAAGAGACAUUGCACCAUCCUUCAUUGAUUUUCUUGGGGUUGGAGCCACAUGAAGUUAGAAGCCCAAGCAAAGCUGGAAAAGGGUUUUCAAAAUUUUCACAUAAUCACGCGAAAGGGUCUCAAUGUGGUUGUGGUCCAAGAAUUGUAAGAAGCCAUUAGAGGUAAAAGAGAGAGGA